AUGAUAAAUUGGUUUUGGGACGGCAACGAUUGGAUGAUUAUGGAGGAGUUACUGGUGAGCGCGGAUGUGGAGCACAUCGUCGAUCUGGUCAUGGAUAAACUGUAUUUCGCCGUUACCUAUUCCGAUAAAACAGAGCUGAUCAAGAACACGAGGGAUAUUUUCUAUUUCAACGUCGACGAGGAGCUCAUUUACAUGAACUAUUAUUUGGAUUUCGGGCCUUUAAAUAUCUCCUGUUUGUACAAAUUCUGCAUGAAACUUAACUCUUACAUGCAAUGCAGCCAAAUUAAUAAGAUUGUCCAUUACACCUCGAGCGAUCCUAAUAAGCGUGUGAAUGCUGCUUAUUUAAUCGGUGCUUAUUGUAUUAUAUACUUGAACAUGGAUCCACGUUUUGUUUAUAGAAAACUUUUGGAUUCUGGUGGUUCUUUCAGGCAAUUCGUUGACGCUUCUCAAGGCAUUUCACGUUACACUUUAAAACUAAUCGAAUGUUUGAACGGUGUACAGAAGGCUAAGUUCUUCAACUUCUUCGAUUUUAACGACUUCAAUGUUGCCGAAUACGAUUUAUACGAUAAAAUCCAAAACGGUGACUUCAAUUGGUUACUGCCCAGAAAAUUUCUUGCUUUGAUCGGACCAAUAGACAAGGAGAUUUCUCCAAAUGGACACGCCCCUAGUUUUUAUAUUAAAUAUUUCUUGAAGAAUGACGUCCGCACCGUCGUUAGGCUUAACAACAAACUUUACGAUCCUUAUGUAUUUUCAAAAGCAGGAAUUGAUCAUUACGAUUUGUUCUUCCCGGAUGGAACCACGCCCCCAAAGCAAAUACUCAUGCGCUUUUUGCAAAUUGCUGAAAAAACUUCAGGAGCCAUAGCGGUCCAUUGUAAGGCAGGAUUAGGAAGGACCGGCUCAUUAAUUGGUGCUUACAUAAUCAAGCAUUAUCAUUUGUCGGCGAAGGAGGCAAUUGCUUGGAUGAGGAUAUGCAGGCCCGGAUCUGUGAUUGGUCAGCAGCAGGGUUGGCUUGAGAAAAUCGAACCUUGGUUAUGGAAACAAGGUAUAUUAUACAGAUUGGAACAUUAUGGUGAAGGUGAUAAGUUGCCGCACCACAAGUAUGGAAUUUACAGUAAAAUGUGGCAAAUAGAACGGAAGAAAAUGAUUCUAAUGGCUCAUAAACGAACUCUGAUGGAGGAAUCAAAGAAUCCGCAGAAGAAUUUCACUCAGUACGAGAUUUACAGGGUGAAACAGCGUGAGAAGGAGCUCCAGAAUCUUUUUAAGAAGAUCAAAGAGAACGAGCAAAAACCACCUGCUACCAUUAACGAAGCUUGCUAUGCGAAGAAAUUCACUACCCGUUUAUCGACUGAAAAGACCCAAGGGGAUCGAUUGAAUGAAAUUAAAAUGAGGAAAUAUUUUAAUAAUAUAUCGCAUAACGAUUCGAAUGCCUGCACGGUUUCAGGAGAAAACAAUAACGCUCGAUACAAAGCCAAUCUGAGGAUCCAAGGACUGGAUGAGUUCCAGGAUGAAUACGAUCCUUCUAAAUACAGUCGCGUCUCUGCAAAAGCGAAGGAAAAGUACUACGAUAUCGACUAACUACUGUAGAGAUAAAUAAAAUAUUCUACUUUUA